CUUCAAAUACCGUCCUUCCUUUUAUUUAAGGGCUUUAUUGGAGAAUAUGGCAUAUGGAUCUUGUUCAGUCUGCAGUCCUGUACAGCGUCAUGACCCUCAUCAGCACCUAUCUCGUGGCUUUUGCAUAUAAAAACGUCAAGUUUGUCCUCAAGCACAAAGUAGCCCAGAAAAGAGAAGAUGCUGUUUCCAAAGAGGUGACUCGCAAGCUGUCCGAGGCAGACAACAGGAAGAUGUCCCGCAAGGAGAAGGAUGAAAGGAUUCUGUGGAAGAAAAAUGAAGUUGCAGAUUAUGAAGCAACAACUUUCUCCAUCUUUUACAACAACACCCUCUUUCUGGUCCUGGUCAUCAUCGCUUCCUUCUUUGUGCUGAAGAACUUCAACCCCACUGUAAACUACAUCCUUUCUAUCAGUGCUUCCUCAGGACUGAUUGCUCUGCUGUCCACAGGAUCCAAGUAGACAGAAAACCCACAAGUUUCUGUCAGAGGCUUCAACUGCCAUGAAAAUGCCUAAGGGUAGAAUAGGAAUAAUUUUUUUUUUAGCAUGAGGAAAAUAUGGGGAGGGUUUGAAUGCAAACUGGUUGAAUUAUAUUUACUUUAGGUAUCUUUACAUUGUAUUUGAUAUUGGAGUUACUCAGUUUUUUUUUUACUUAGCAAGGAGAGGGAGUGGGGUGUGAGCUGUGAGCAGACAUCACCUUUCUGCAGCUCCAGCCUGGGGACAAUCCAUUUAUCAUUGUAACUUGAAAGGUUGUAAUAAAAAGGAGCUUUUUUUGUCAUUUGA